AUGAACUUCCACUUGCACCAGAUUAUCCAUGCAGUGCUACAUGCGGCGGUGCUCUCGGGUGUGGCCACGACUGUAAACAAAAUUGCAGAGACUGCAACACACGAAGUGAAGAUGGCCGUACCUCGGGCAUCAGUCACGGUAUCUGCAAGGCUCCAUGUGGUAGACCGUACACCACUUGCAGCCAUGCGUGUUCCGAGGCUUGUCAUGGGGAUAAGCCGUGUCGGCUCUGCUUGGAGCCGUGCGAAGUUCGGUGUAGCCAUUCACGGUGCAGUAAGAAGUGCCACGAGCCUUGCAUUCCUUGCGUCGAAAGAUGCUCCUGGUCCUGUCCACACCGGGGCGAAGGUCCAAUACUGUCAGAAGUGCGCCGAUGAGUCGGUCAAGGACAUGAUGGUUGAUUACAUCAUGGGAUCCACCUACGCCGAGACGGAUUUAGACGAAAACCCAUGCAUCAUACCAUCUUGUGGUCACAUUCUCACCCUGGAAAGCAUGGAUGGCCACAUGGAGAUUUCAAAGUACUACACCAUCUCUGGUGACACCGAUGCUGAGGACUCAAUCGUCGCAUUGAAGUCGAGCUCGGUUCCAUUCUCAACCUCAGAGCUGAAAAAUUGCCCCAUGUGCCGUAGCCCUCUUCGCAAUAUCAAUAGAUAUGGCCGCAUAGUUCGACGAGCGUGGAUCGACGAGGCGACUAAGAAAUUCAUUGUUUGGGCAAACGCGCAGUUUGUUCCCUUAGCCUCCAGAAUGGAGCAGGCAGAGGCCAAACUCCGAGAGCCCGUCACCAACCAGAAAACCCCCAAAGCUCCGCUGCUUGGACAGGCGCAGCUAUCUUCAGCGCUUGACAGGCUUUCCCUCGAACCCAUCAGACUUAUCGGAUCUCGUGACGAACAGAUAAAGGUCGUUGUCAAGACCUUCAAAUUAGAUGCUAGAUACAAGGAUAUCUCCUUGCUCCGCAUUGACAUCAGAAGAUUUCUUAAAAAAGUCGACGAAGCAGAGCAACCCAUCAGCCGCAUCCACAGUCUCAUACAAGACGCCCGCAAACAUCGUGGAGUCAACACCGAAAUCACUGACGUACCCUCCGUACUUCAAGUCCGCAAUCGGCUCCUAGCAACAGUGCUACUCCUCCGCUGCGAUUACGCCAUACUCUCCGAUUUUGUCAGUCACGUGAGCGGAACGGCUUCAGGGGAGAACCCCGGAGACGUUCGUCUCAGCCUUGCCGUCAAUCGAAACGACUGCGAGAGCCUGAUACAGGAAUCCCGAUCCCGGCAACAACCCACACACGAAGUCGAAGGCAUCCUAUACUGGGCCCGCUUCGUCGCUUUGGAGCGCGGCCGCUCAGCCAGCGUCUCCGAUGCAGACAUGACCACCCUGGUUAAUCGUGCCCACGACCAACUCCACCUCGCACGCAUUAUUUGCGACACUUACCCCGGUCAAACAGCCGGCAUGCCAGCGGAAGUGUCCGGAGCAGAGAAAAUGCUUCGUGACGCGACAUUCUACGCGCCCGUGACGAAUGUAGAGAAGGCAGCCGUGUACGCGGCAAUGGCGCAGAGCUUUCAAGGCACGGGACACUGGUAUUACUGCGCCAAUGGUCAUCCUUUCACAGUGGGCGAGUGCGGCAUGCCGAUGCAGACGGCUAGGUGUCCGCAGUGUGGGGCUACUGUGGGUGGGACGGAUCAUCGGGCUGCGGCGGGGGUGACGCGGGCAAUGGAUCUGGAAGCGGAGUUUGGGAGGUGA